AUGCCACCAAAGAAAAGAAAAUUGUCUGUUGUAAGCAAAGAGACAAGAGAACAACUUAUAGAGUUCUUUGAUGAAAAUCCGUACCCAAGCACACAAGAAAAGCAAAAACUCGCUUCUGAUCUUGAUAUUCCGAUCUCUUCUGUCAGCCAAUGGUUCAAUAAACGAAGAUUUGAUAAAAAGAAAAAGAAUGAAACUCUAGGAACGAGCUUCACUGGAACCCCUCGUCGCGAGUCUGCCAGAACCUCUGCUCGAAAGGAAACCACUCCAGGGGACCAAAUUUUGGAGAACGCAGCAAGUUCGCCGGAAAGCGACCUGAAGGCAGAAAAGCGAUCUCGCUACAUGCGACUAUUUAACGACCAUAGAAUGGCGAGCCGCGAGCAUGCGCAGGACAUCAUGGAUCUCCAAGAAGAAAUCAUGAGGCUUCAGCAAAAACUUGCAGAAAAGAUGCGUCUCCACAAAUCCGAGACGGAGAUGAUCGACAGAAUCAAGGAGAACGCUCGCGUCGAGAAUAUCGAACUCUCAGAAAGUGAUGACGAUCAAUCGGAGGAAGAAGACAACAUUGUCAGUUUGCUCAACAUCAAAGGAGAAUCUAUUGACGCAUAUAACUAG